CUACGGAACGUUUAUACUACGUCUUGCAAAGCUGGUUUACGAUCUGUAUCAUCUGUAAUCUUUUAUCUGUGGUUUAGUUGGAGACUCGGAAACAUCCAUCGUGUUGUAAACACUUUUUAUUAUUUUUUAAGUUUUUAUUUGUCCAAUAGAUGUAAUUAACCGGGAAACAUGAGCAAGUGAUAGUGUGUUUGUCUUAGAUAUGUUUAUGUUCAUCUCUUAUACUGGAAUUUAGACGGACAAUACCUUAGGGCAAAAUGUGUCGCUUAGGGUUUUUUGUGUUUAUUUGUUUUCUACAAUAUGUAGCUGCAUUUAGUGGCCUGUGUGGGAGAAAUAACUCGGAGCUUAGCUGUACAACAGAGAUCCUCGGCCAAAGAAGCACGGACUAUGACACCUGUAGAAUGAAGGUCUUCCCCCCAGACAGUCAGGAAUGUGGCGCCAUGACUUUUGGCCCAUUAUCUCCGAACACUCAUAUUGGGGGCGUGACACUCAAACCUUACAUCGUGACCAUGCGACACAACACCUUCUACGUCAACCACACGGUCCUGAAUAUCACCUUCAGUAAUAUUAAAUGGAAGACCAUGAAGUUCAGAUUUCAAGACAAGUAUAGAGAGACUAAGAACCACUGCAGAACUAUAACCAUAUCGAACGACAUCACAAUUGACGACGAAUCCGUGCUGUUCUACGACUGUUACUGGCCGAAGACUGACGAUAGAGAUGGACAGAGCCAUACCUUAGACUUCGAAGCUGUAGCUGACGACAAAACUGUUAAUAGAGGGAAAUAUUACUUCAAUAUUCCCUCCGCUGAAAUGCUUAGUUUGACAACAACAGAAGAUAGAUGGAAGCCAUUUAUUUACAUAGAAAUCUUUAACAGUAUAAUGCGCCUCCAUAUAAUGCCGCCUCCUCGACAGUUGAAAAUAAACGCCUACCGUAUCAGGGUUGUCACUCUAGGUGGCAGACGGGACGUCCAGUCUUCUAGAGUACCGCUAAAUAAUAAUACUGAAGAAGUGACCUAUGACUAUAACUUUGUCGGUAUGAAUGGGUCCGUUAGCUUCGUGGUGACACCCCUGCAUGAUCAAUGUGAGAUGGAAGGUCUUGGAUGCACGUCUGUCGAAAGUCCAAGGAUUAAAAUAAGCAGUGAACCUCAAACGCUGAACAUCUGUAUCGCGAGCAUCACGGCUUUGAUCGUGGCCACUCUGUUCGCGUAUUACAUAGUGCUGCGGCUGAUGAGACGUUACUGCUGCCACGAUAGAUAUAGAGAGGAAUUGCCCCUGAUGAUACCGACGCCACCGAAGAUCUUGGUAGUAUACUCCCCAGCGAACCGUCUCCACGCGGAGUGCGUAAUGUCGUUCGUCACGUACUUGCGGUCGGAGUAUGGCUUCGAUAUUAUGUAUGACGGAGACAUAUCCUCCACUCUUAAAGACCCCUACAACUGGGCGCAGAAGGCAUUUGAGCUAGCCACGCACGUACUCUACGUCGUCGGGCCCGCCAAAGAAGCAAACUCCUUCAAAAACAUCUACGAUGAUACAAUAAUAAGUCCCCUACAAAACGUCGAUGUCCUACUUCUGUCGUUCGUAAGAGCCAACAGAAGCACUAAGGAAGUCAUCAACGUAAUGUUCGAUCAUUCCAACGGCGAAGUCCCCGAGGAAACUAAACAUGCCAAGACAUUCGUUCUACUCAAAGAUUGGCAGAAACUGAUAUCAUAUCUGUCCAAAGACUUGCUCCCUAAAGUUCAUAUAAUGCGGUCCGAGAAAGGUAAGCGGUUCUACGAGGAUUUGAACAGGGCUAAGAAGCUGUUGGGCGCCAAGAACGACGAGGUCAGCUUGCAGUACGAGAAGGUAAAGAAUUUUGAAAAGAAAAUUUUGGUGUAAAUUGUCACAAGGUUUUGGGCACAGGAAUUAAUGCGGUUGGAAGCGUGGCGGGGCAAUAUCGAGAUGUUUAUUAAACUUGCGUUUCAUAUAUUUAUUCCGUUUUAAGUAAAUAUGUAUGUAUGGUUGGUAUAAGUUACGGAAGUUGUAGAAGUCUCGGCUUGUACAAGCCCCGCCCACCGAAUCCUGCGCAUGAGGGUAGAAACAUCUUCGUUGGACGUAGUACGUAAAUUGAACGUGGAACUACGGAUUAUAUGUCGUCUAUUGAUUGUAACCGUACUGAAUGUUUAGUAUUGUUGUGUUGGGACUAAAUAAUAAUAUGGAAAAUUAAAAAAAAACUUAGUUUUAUAAACAGGCUUAAUUUAGGAUGAUAUGAAGAAGUUUAUGAAAAAUAUUAAAAAAAGUUAAAUGUUAUAUAUCCACAAUAGGUUAAGUACUAAUAUUAUUAUUAUUAUUUAGUCACAAUCUCUAAUGAAAUAUUUUUCGAUUGAAAUCUUCAGAAUGUUUAUUAAGUGUUACGUAUAAUAAGACAAGAUAUAAAUUGAAUUUGAUAAUAUAUUUAUCCGACUAAUUUAAAGAAAUGAUACGAAAACAAAAUACAAAAAAAUAAUAAUAAGAGCGGAUACGU